AUGAGAAUUUCCGGAUACGGCAAGCUCAUUACCGAGCGAUAAAAAGAAAAAAGAAAUGCUACAUUUGCAGACGGAACAGAGGUUAAAUUUACUUAUCAGGAUAUUAAAAUUUUUCAAUUAUACCAUCUUAAGUAAAACCUAGGGAAGAUGUCAAGCGUUGAAAGAUCACACCAGUCACAUCAAUUCACCCACUCCAAUACCAAGAGAAGAGCCUCAGUUGUAUUUGGCUCAGUUGGGAAGGGAGGUUUAUACAUCCCUCAAGAUUUUAUUGGAGCUGGGACUUCAGAUGCAGAUGAGUCAUUGAGUCCUGCUGUAACUGGAGAUGAUGAAAUAUUUGAAGCUAAUGAAGCCAAUGAAAGACUGGCAUUGUUAAGUCCAGGUCCUAAGAAUUCUAGAUUUCGUCGUAAAUCAGAAAUAGCUCGUGAAUUGUUGCAAGAAGAGAGAGAACUCUUAAAAGAUCAUAAUUUACCAGUUUAUGAGGAUGAAGAACAAUUAAUUGAUGCAUUUGAAGAAGCAGUAUUGACUAAAAAGAUAGGUGAAACUACUGCCUUAAUAGAGUUGAAGGCAUUGAUCAAAUCUUCGAUUCCUCUUGUAUUAACAUUUUUAUUACAAAAUUCCUUAUCAACAGUUUCAGUAUUCAUGGUGGGACAUUUAGGUGCAACUGAGUUGGCUGCUGUAUCCAUGGGUGCAAUGACAGCAAAUAUAACCGGUUAUGCCACUAUCCAAGGUAUAGCCACUGCAUUAGAUACUUUAUGUCCUCAAGCUUUUGGUGCCGGUAAGUAUACCUUAGUCGGUACUUAUUUACAGAAAUGUUCUGCAUUAAUUAUAGUAGUCAUGUUCCCAAUCUUAAUCAUUUGGAUGUUUUUUGGUUAUGAUUUGAUUUGUCUUAUAGUUCCCGAUAAAGAUACUGCCAAAUUAUCGGCUGUUUAUUUACAAUACAUUGCACCAGGUAUUCCAGCAUAUAUUUUAUUUGAAUGUGGAAAGAGAUUUUUACAAGCCCAAGGAGUAUUUCAUAUAUCAACUUAUGUAUUAUUAAUAGCUGCUCCUUCCAAUUUAAUAAUGAACUGGUUAUUGGUUCAAUUGUUUGGAUACCUUGGUGCUCCAAUGGCAGUUGCUAUAAAUUACUGGUUAAUGGCUAUUGGAUUAUAUAUUUCUACAAUAUAUUUUGUUAAACCUGAAGAUACUCCAACUGGCCAUCAUCCAUUGAUUUGUUGGGGAGGAUUGGAUCUUAAAGAAGCUUUCAGUAAUUGGGGAAAAUUAGUUAAUUUAGCUAUUCCAGGUUUAGUUAUGUUGGAAGCAGAAUUUCUUGCAUUUGAAAUAUUAACUUUAAUUGCUUCAUACUUGGGAACUGUUGCUCUUGCAGCUCAAUCUAUAGGUGCAACAAUGGCAUCUUUAACCUAUCAAGUCCCAUUUGCUCUUGGUAUUGCAUCAUCAACUCGUAUUGCUAACUUUUUAGGUGCUGGUCUUGGUGGAGCUGCUAAGAAAUCAACUCAAGUGUCAUUAGUUUGUGGUCUUGUUGUAUCAUUAGUAAACUUUUUAGCAUUAUUUUGCUUCCAGACUCCAAUUGCAAAGGCCUUUACUGAUGAUGAAAACGUUAUUAAAACUGUUCAAAAUGUUAUGUGGUUAAUUGCUUUGAUGCAAAUCUCGGACGCUGUGAAUGCAAACUCAGCAGGUUGUCUUAGAGGUCAAGGACAAACUAAGAUUGGUGGUAUAAUCAAUUUAUUUUCAUAUUAUGUUGUAGGUUUACCAUUAUCCAUAUAUUUGACAUUUUACUCACCAAUUAAAGGAACUCUUCAUGGUCUUUGGAUAGGUAGUUGUGUCGCAUUAACCAUUAUCGGUGGUGUUCAAAGUUAUUACGCUGUAUUUGCUGAUUUUGAUCAUUUAGUCGAUGAAGCUAGUAAAAGAACUAAUAUAGAAGGAGUUUAAAUAUACUAAUGACAUUAUAAUAUAUAAUAUUACU